CUGGGAGCGGGGGUGGCGUGUGUCUUGUCCCCGUCCAAGGAGGACACCACAUGGGACAAGUGUGAGCACACUGGGUGACACAGCUCCGCCAAGCCCCUCCUAUUUCAGCCUAAGUCCCGUUCUUCUCGCCUCAGGCACCACCCCCAAUUCUCCACCCCACCCCGGCCCGUCACCCCCUGCGAGCUGUUGGGCCAUGGCAACAGUCGGUCCCAUGGCAACAGUCGGUCCCGACACAUCGCGACAGUGACUUUGGACACACUGUCACAGUCGGUUCAGACACAUCCCAGCCAUCGGUUCCACCACAUUGUGACGGUCGGCUCCAGGACAACAGGACAGCACCGACAGCCCCGACAGUGGCAGCGCAAUGGCAGCCGCGACUGCCGGCACAGGAUUCCGGUCCCUCCGUGCCCGGGGCUCCUCCCGGAAGGUCACGGGCUCCAGCGACACUGUCGUGAUCUCUGAGGAUGUGUCAAAACAUCCUCGAGAGCUGUUCUCCUUCAAGCCCAAGCUCAAGACCAUCCAAGUGAUCACCAAGGACCUGAUCCGGGAGCUCAUCAUUCCCCAGGAGAAGCCCCAAUCAUGUCUCAUCAUUGAGGAAAAGGAAUAUGAGAGGAUCAAGGAAUCAGCUCGAGCCCUGACUGAGGUGGAGCGUUGGAACAGGCUGAAGACUCUGAGAGCCAGACAGGAUGCUGCUUUUGAAGCCCUGAAAAAGGCCCAGAUUGAGGAGCAGAAAAAGGCAGAACUGGAGGACAAGAGGGACCUUUGGAGAGACGUGGAGGAGGAGCUGCAGCAAGAGGAGCAGAAGCUGCUGCAGCGGGCGACGAGGAUGAGGCUGGAGCAGGAGGAAGACAUGCGGGAACUGAACGCGCUGUUCCUCAAUGCCAAGUGCAACAUGAUCCGGGACAAGCAAGUCCUGGAGAAGCAGAUGAUCCACAAGGAACUGGCGGAGGAGGAGAAGCGCCUGGACAAGAUGAUGGAAGUGGAGCGGGAGAAGGGCAUGAAGGCCCAGGAGGAGCUGGAGCGCCAGAGGAAGCAGGAACUGAUGAGAGCCCAGCAGGACAUUGUGAAACAGAUGGAGCAGAAUGCAGAGGAGCGGACACUGAGGGCUGAGGAACUCUACCAGGAGGGCCAGAGGCAGCUGGAGCAACUGGAGCAGAUGAAGAGAGAGGAUUGGAAGGCCUGGGAGCAGAAACAGGAGCGACUAAAGCAAAUCCAUGCUGAUAUUAAACAUUUCAAUGUGGAGAGCCAGAGGCUGAAGGAUCAACAGCGAGAGCAGGAGAGGCUGGAGGAUGAGCGGGUGCUGGAGCAGCAGCGGCAGAAGGCUGAGCGUGAGGCUGCCUUGGCGGUAGAGCAGCAACAACUGCGCCUGGAGAAGGAGAAGGAUCUGGCUCGGCUCAGGGCCACAGAGAAGCAGGCCCAGGACUGGCAGGCAGAGCGGGAUGCUCUGAGGGCCAAGAGGAACCAAGAGGUCGCAGACCGGGAAUGGCGGCGGCAGGAGCUGGAGAAGGCGCGGAAGAAGGCUGAGCUGGAGCAGCAGCUGAAGCAGGACCGGCUGGAGCAGGUGGCCCAGAAGGAGCAGUACCUGGCCAUGCAGGUGCAGCAGGACCGCCAGGAAUUCCAGAGGGUGCUCAGGGCCCAUCAGGAGCAGCUGGAGCGGGAGAAGCUGGAGCAGGAGCAGAGGGAGCUCCGGCAGCGCGCCCAUGCCGAAGAUCUCCGGCGGCAGAUCCAGGAGCUGCAGCAGCGGCGGCAGAGGGAGCGGGCGGCUGUCAUUGAGGAGGGCCAGCGGCAGCAGCAGGAGGUCCGGCAGCGCAGCCAGCGCCUCGCCCAGUUCAGGCAGCAGAAGCUGCAGGAGUUCAGAGCCACCGGAAUUCUUGACAAAUAUUUUGCCCAGGUGGAGCGCAGGGCCCAGAGCCGAGCCAGCAGAGCCCCCUCCUAGGCCCAGCCCCACCAGGAACCAGCUGGGAUUCCCCACAGAUUUGGGUCUCCAUUUCCAUUGUCCUGGGUUACAAGGUGGGGUGUACCCAAACUGUGUGUUCUCCUCCCAUCUCCAGUGUGAAAAAUGCGUGUUUUAUGAUUGGCUUUUAGCAAAUAUUGAAAUGAAUAUUAUAUGUGUUGUGUUAGAAAGUAAUGCUGUAUUAAUUCUAUUAAGUAAUGUGUUAAAUAUAGUUUCAGGUAUAACAAAAUGUUAAAAUAGAAACCAUGCUAUGUUGGAUACUUUUUUUUCUGAAGAAAGGACUCAAACUGAGAUAGCAGCCACAGGACACCUAAAUCUUUCAGAGAAAGAGAAUUUUUUACCCCCUUAUCAGGAGAACCUAACUUCUUCCCGCCUGUUAGGAUUAAGAGGAAGAAGUUGACACUGACCAGAGAGAAUCCUGUAUUUGAAUGGAAUUAAUGCAAAAUGUAUGAGAUGUAUGAAUAUGCAUCGGGUUAUUGUUUUUAAGGUUUCAUCUUCUGUUAAUGUGUGUCCUUUUUCAGGCUUAAAAAGGUACCUGGACAUCUGUAACUCUUUGUUUCUAUUGUGUCAUAUUGUCGUAAUUCAAAUUGUCCAAAUUAUUAUUACUCUAAUCGUAUUACUAUUUUUAUAACCAUUUUAUUUCUAUCAAACUUUUAAAAUUUAAAAAAACCCGAGUGAUUGGCGUUUUUCACAUCCACCAUCCUGAUGGACUGUGAAUGGGUGGGUCAAUCCCUGCAGCUGCCCAGUGCACAGCCUGAGCCCUCAGGCUGCAUGCUGGGUGUUCCAUAAGGGAAGGAGGCAAACCCUGCAGGCAGUGCUGGUUUGUCUUCCCAAAGUGACUCAGUCCCAGUAGACAGCCUGUGGAGACCUAGGCCAUUAAGGAUACCCCAGAACAUCCCAUGAGUCAUAGGAAUACAUAAUUCUGCUGUGAAAAUCCCUGCCCAUGGGAGGUACUGAACAUUCCUGCCUGAAUCUGACCAUAUAUAAUCUGGGCUCUUUGGGGACUUGGAACACCAGCACUGCUCGAGGGACCCAGGUGAGGACCAGACCUUCCACAGAACCACUGCUUUCAAUAAGACUGCAACCAUCACUUCAACAGGACUUCAUCCAUCACCCUGACGGGCAGGAUGCCAGGUUGUACUCUGUCUUUGUGGUUUUAAGCCAGUUUUUCUGUAUCAUUGCAUUUAUUGUAAUCUUUCUAUUAAAUUGUAAUUCUGACCUGAAAUCUC